AGCGGAGCUCGUCAACUGUCAACACGGCUUCUGGACAGAACCUACGCCGCUUUGUUGUACAUUGAAGAAAAUGAUUCAAAGGACGACAUUUCCUACAAUAUCCUGGAAUAAAACUUUGUAUUUGUAGUCUUUCUGACUGUGGUUAAAUCAGGUUUGGAAGGAGGGAUGCCGGUGGAGAGCGGGAGCAGCGCUGCCGCCCGCCAGGCCAAGCAGAAGAGGAAGUCUCACAGCCUGUCGAUCCGCAGGACCAACAGCACCGAGCAGGAUCGCUCCGGCCUGCAGAGAGACAUGCUGGAGGGACAGGACUCCAAACUGCCUCUGUCUCUGAGGAGCAAUCUGCUGGACCUGUUCAGUCAGAUCGAGAGGGAGUUUGAAAACCUCUACAUCGAAAACCUGGAAUUACGCAGAGAAAUCGAAACGCUCAACGAUCGUUUGGCUGCAGAAGGGCAGACUUUCGAAGGGGCAGAUUUAGCCAAAGGAGCUCUAAAAACAAAAGCGAGUCAUAGCACCAGCCAGCUGUCACAAAAGCUAAAAACGACCUACAAGGCUUCCACAAGCAAGAUUGUGUCGAGUUUCAAAGCAACCACGUCCAGAGCGGUGUGCCAGCUGGUCAGAGAGUAUGUCGGCCACAGGGACGGCAUCUGGGACCUGAGCGUCACCAGGACGCAACCCGUGGUGCUCGGCACUGCAUCUGCAGAUCACACUGCAAUGUUGUGGAGCAUUGAGACGGGAAAGUGCCUGCUCAAAUAUACGGGCCAUCAAGGAUCAGUCAACUCCAUCAAGUUCCACCCCACUGAACAGAUGGCUCUAACAGCCUCUGGGGACCAGACGGCCCACAUCUGGAGGUACAUGGUGCAGCUGCCGACCCCCCAGCCUGUUGCUGAUAUCAGCCAGACACCCUGCGAAGACGACGUGGACUUUUCGGACAAAGAUGAGGCCGACGGCGAGGUCGAGGGUCCGAACGACUGUCCUUCUGUCCGUGUCGCGACCACGACUCUACGCAGCCAUCAGGGCGUGGUGAUCGCUGCUGAUUGGCUGGUGGGGGGCAAACAGGUCGUGACGGCCUCGUGGGACCGAGCAGCCAACCUGUACGACGUGGAGACCUCAGAGCUGGUCCACUCACUCACUGGUCAUGACCAGGAGCUGACCCACUGCUGCACACACCCCACCCAGCGCCUGGUUGUCACCUCAUCCAGAGACACCACCUUCAGACUGUGGGACUUCAGAGACCCGUCCAUCCACUCUGUCAACGUGUUCCAGGGACACACUGACACGGUGACGUCUGCUGUGUUCACGGUGGGAGACAACGUGGUGUCCGGCAGCGACGAUCGAACCGUCAAAGUGUGGGACCUGAAGAACAUGAGGUCGCCCAUAGCAACCAUCCGCACAGACUCCGCUGUCAACAGGAUCAGCGUGUCGGUCAACCAGAAAAUCAUCGCUCUCCCUCAUGACAAUCGGCAGGUGCGGCUGUUCGACAUGUCCGGGGUGCGGCUGGCUCGACUCCCACGGAGCAACAGACAGGGUCACCGGCGUAUGGUGUGCUGCUCCGCCUGGUGUGAAGACAACACCUCCUGCAACCUGUUCACCUGCGGCUUCGACCGGCAGGCCAUCGGCUGGAACAUCAACAUCCCCGCCCUGCUGCAGGAGAAAUGACCUCCACCUCCUCCUCCUCGUCACCUCACAGCGAAACUCCACCCAAAGUCUGUGUUUGGAGCACCGAGCGCUCACAUCCCGCAGGCUUAAAAGGUGGCUUCAAAAAGUUUAGAUUUCAUGCUUCUUUUUGUCUGUGAUCAUUCGUCACAUGUAGUCGAUGUAAGUGGAGCAGACUUUUAACAGGAGGUCAGUGUUUGUCACUUAAAGCUCCCCCGAGGUCUGUCCUCCCUCACACUGGGGGACAGGAAAAGACCUUCAUUCACUGUGUAGUGGCUCCGUCACGAUCUGUCUAACUCACAACGCCAGUAUACACACAACACAUUCGUGUGGUUUUUGCGUGGAGGCCAUUCCUCGCCAUCCAAAAUUUAAAAAAAAACAAAAAACGCCUGUGGACCGCUGAUGACAAAAAGCUCAGAGACGUAACACAGGAUGCUCUUCGUCUUCUUAGUUGAAAACUAAAAAGCAGGACGUAUUUUGCUGACAUUGAAGAGUUCGAUAAGUGACUUGCCGCUCAUACCUGCUUGAUGCUGAUUGAAGCUACAAUGCAGCAAAUCUAACAGCAGAUUUAUGUUUGGACAGGCCGAUACUUUAAAGGGAAAAUCCACUAGUUUUAUAUAAAAUGUUGGUGUUUAAGGCAUCUCAUCUGUGAUAACUUGUCAUUUAUCUUCUGCUUUACUUAAAUUUUUCUGAUUUCUAUGAUCGGAGUGCAAAAUGGCAGCUCAAGAAAGGACGAAGCGCUCACUCUUUUUCUGAGGAAUUGAUACUAAAACCUUUUAAACCAUCAAUAUUUCGAGCCUCUCAAACAUUUUCUGCUUCUGGAAAUAACCUGACGAGACAUGCAGUGUCUUGUUUUGUUCGGCCUGAUCUUAAAAGUGGAUUUUUUUUCUCUCUUUCCAGAAUGCUUCAUUUGGCACUUGAGAUGCGUAGCUUAACAUCUGUAAUACACAUAAUGCUAUCAAACAUGUACUCAGAGCUCGUAACACAGGUGACACCUUCACUUUAUCAUCAGCGUAGGUGUUUUGUUAAUCACAUUCAGAGGUCUCUGUGUGAGAAAUGAUAGCAGGUGUGUUAAACCUACAAAAGUAUGAUUUACUCCAACAGGGGGGCGACUUCCACUGAGGAAGCUAUAUGUGACAUUUUAGAGGACUAGCUCAGUGUGUGGCCUGAUGUCUGAAGCUCGUAUUUCCUGGUCACAGCGAUGGUGGUUUCACUCCGCUGUGGAUGUUCAGGUGGAGCUUCGAGCUGCUGAGUUUGAAGCCACACCAGUGCUGCUUCUCUCCGCUGCAGAUGCUUUCUAACUCUGGUGUGGUCUGUCUUCAGUUUGGAUUUGUUGGCGUUGUGAACUGAAGCUUCCUCUCCUGUGUGGAGGUCUUGUGUUUUGCGGGUGUUCUUCAUAGACUGAAACUUCUCCGGUGUUGGUCCCAGUAGUAGGUUGUUCCCCUGUAUGACUUCCCACACGAUCUUUUAGGUCAUUGUCACUCUGCUCACAGUGUUGGGGACAGACAGUGUUGUCAGAGGUGGAUAAAGUGUAGACGUGCAGCUCUGCUUUGUACCAUCUGUCACCAACCACAUGGACACUUACAGCUCUUUUCAACUGUGGACCCCAGGAACUUCACCUGUGACCAGGGGGGACCAGGGUCUAACUUAAUUUCCUGGGUCGAGGUUCCUGCCCUUCAAGAAGCCCACAGUAGUACUUUGGGACGGCUCAGGAACUGUCAGGGCGAACAUACAGCAGCCAGCACCAGUUGUGAGCAGUAUUCGGACAGGUAGACAUUUGUUGCAGUAUUUUCUGAUGCUAAAGUUAUUUAGUAUACUUUGAAAUAAGUUUGAAAAAUCAAGAUAAAGACAGAGAGAAUGCGAAAGUGAUUAAAAGAAACAAAACUUUAUUCACUAAUUGACUCAAGGAGGUUAAACACUAAAACAGAAGCAUGAAACACUCAGCUGCUUGUUGCAGACAGGACCUCUAAACGAAGCCGGCUUUUCAGUUCCUGAGUUGAGUCUCUGGUGGUUCCUGGGUCUGCUUGGUCAAAAAAAGGCUUUAGGCAGCUUGGUCAUCUGGUCACUUUUAUGUGUAGUGUAUGUUGAGGGCAGUGGCCCCACAGUCAUCUGUGCUUCAGAUAUUAAGCCAUGAACAUACAUCAGCGUAAUCUUAACGGGCAGCAAGAACAACCCUACAAGGAAAAAAAGAGAACUUGUAGCUGCUAGUUGUGAAGUUUAAUAACUUGACUAAAUAAAAAUAAUGACAGAAGGAUGAUAAGUGAAAAUAUCCCUUUUUUUGUAACAUCCUGAGUUCAGACUCAGAGCUGCUAAGAUACUGCUAAGAUUGUCUCAUUUGUCCACAAACUUAUGGCACAAGAUUCAUUUGAAAAACAAAUCAGAGAAAGUCUGAGUGGCUUUAACAAACUGUGCUUAUUAACAUGUACAUUGAUAAAUCUACACUGUGAUAACUCUUUGUACUACAGUGACCAUUGGACCAAAGUCCCGCCUGCAGUGUUCAGUAGAGAGAGGUACAUUAUUAUUACAUAAAAAACAAAACAAAAAAAACAACUCAAACUUAUUUCAUUCAACAGAAAAGGGACUGAUUUAAAACUGUUUGACGUUUUCAGUGAGCGAUGUCGAGUCAGAGCACUCCCUCGGAUGCCCGGCCCUGCUGUUGUACCAAUACUUGACAUGAUUGUAGAAAAAAAACAACUUUUUUAGUGUAUCGCAGUGCCCUUUAGUCGUUAGUGUCGAAACACUGUUGUGGGGAUUCUGUCAGUGUCAUAUUCGUUGUGGUACUUUAAAACUAGUGAAAUAUCCGAAGAGUGUCGUGAUGCGUUCGCUGUCACCUGCUUCGCUUUCCCACUGCCACUAAGAUACUCUGCCAAAGCUGCAUUCAAGUGAAUGGGAGAGACUGUAAUGAUGUGUGUGUGUGUGUGUGUGUUUGAGAUGAUUUCACUACUUUAUGAGGACAACGUCUGUGUGUCUGUCUGUGUGGUGAUACGAAUUAACGUUUUAAAACAGGGUUAAUGUUGUAAUAACGGACAGUUCAUGUUUCGAAUGCAGUGCAACCAUUGUACUGCUGUCGUACUCCGUCGUACUCCGUCGUACUCUGUCGUACUCUGUCGUACUCUCAUGAGUUACAGCAGUAACACGAUGAACAAACACAGUUCAAACUGAUUGUUUCUGCGUCUAGCUUUAGAUUUGUGGAGCGUUUCGCUGUUUUGUUCAUUCAAACAAGUACGCUGACAUGGUGGACAAUUCCCCCUGCAGAGAGUAAAAAGCACAUUUUUUAUGAAUAGCCACAGUUUUUAUGUGUGUGUAUUGGGUAACACUUUGCAGCUGCCUUUUUGCAGUGUGUUAGUCCUGUGAAAUCUAUUUCUAACGGUAGAAAAUAAUUCCAGAUACUUCGUUUGGUGAAAUGAAUUUGAAUUUUGACGGUGUGAAAACAGCAUCAUUACAUUUAAAAGAAAUGUAGAUUUUCAGUAAACUCAAGUGAUCACUUGUGAAAAGGCAAAUGUAAAGUGUUAUCCUCCUCUUACUUUAAAACCAUAACAUUUGUAUGAUAUAAAUUGUAAUAUAUGAAGAAAUUAGCUGGUUUGGCUGUAUAGUGUAUUUCAGCUGCAGCGGUUUUAUUAGCCUUUAUAACUUGAUGAUAUGAUCCUGCAUUACGUUUGUUUUUAUUUGGUGUAAAUUCAUUUUAUCAUUUCAUGGUGGAUGAGUUUGGUUCAUCUGUCAAAGGCUUUACAUUCACAUAAUACUGAGUUCAUUUUGUCACUUCUACCAGGGAUGGUGAAUGAAUUUCUCUGUGGAAGGUUUGCAUAUGGCUAAUCAUAAACUAUCCUCAAGCUUAUUAUUGAUUUGGUGGAAAAAUGUCAGCUGCAGACUCAGCUUUCACUGUAUAAAAUUGUCUUUUUUUAUGAGUAGUUAUUCAUAUUAGUUUUCCGGUGUGAAUUUUCAUACUCAGUUUUUCACUGCAGGGAAACCUUUUGGUCGGGCUCCCUCUCAGAAGUCCUUCAGUCAUCUGUGGCUUUAUGUUCUCUUCAUUCACUCCAGCUCCAAAUGAGCAAUUUCUAAAACAAUUUUACCAGAAAUGACCAGAAUCCCCAAAUCUGUUCUCCAGAAGUUGUCGUCCCUGGUUUAACUGACAAAACGUUUUGUUUGUGUGAAGAAAAUUUGCGUGUGUGUAUUUGACCUAGUAUUGUUUUCUUCCUUGCAACAAGUUUCGCUGCACACACAGCAUUUUCUACCGACACUGAGCCACUCCGCUGCUUCAUAGUUCACCUGUUUUAACCAGCCACGCAGUUCACGUCCUCAGUCACAGUCAAAGCACAUCACAUCAGCACAGAGCAUCGGCCAAAUCCACCGUCUUGAAGCCUUGUUGAACUGUGGCUCCUUGGUGUUUACAGUGUUUCGUGUGAUCGAAGUGGUCGAUGUAGAGCAACAAACACCACAGCUGAGUCCUCAGAAAAAACAAUGAAAACCUGUUGGAUCGAGCAGUUUUGUGGGUUGUAGCUGUGUAAUACGGAUCAAGCAUCUGCUUGUGGAAUCAAAAUAAACCGUUUGUGCUGUUUUAA